GACGGUUACAGGCUCUCGUGAACCGGAAUUGAACUUUAAUGUGGGCUCCAUCGUAAUAAGCUGCUUAUAGAGAUGGCUGGAGACUCAGAGGAGGAAAUACCAGAAACGGGAGCUGUGUUCACUUUUGGCAAGAGUAAAUUCGCAGACAACGUUCCCAGCAAGUUCUGGUUGAAAAAUGAUGUCCCUUUAAGGCUAGCAUGUGGAGAUGAACACACCGCACUAAUUACAGAGAAUGGAAAAUUGUUCAUGUUUGGCAGUAACAACUGGGGACAGCUUGGCCUGGGAGAAAAGAUCAGCGUGAAUAAACCUACUUGUGUUAAAGCCUUGAAAUCCGAAAGAGUCAAGCUUGUUGCUUGUGGAAGAACUCAUACUCUUGUUUACACAUCAUGCGGUAACCUGUACGCAGCAGGUGGGAAUAAUGAAGGUCAGCUCGGUCUUGGAGACUUUGUGGAAAGAAGUUCAUUCCAGCUGGUGGAGUUCUUCACAAAACACGGUCCAAUCAAGAUGCUCGCAGCUGGCUCCAACACGUCGGCUGCUAUUACACAGGACGGGAAGCUGUACGUCUGGGGCGAUAACUCAGAAGGGCAGAUUGGUUUGGGAAAGGAGGAAGGGACUUCCACUCCACGUGAACUUUAUGCAGAGAAAUGGGUGACGUGGAUUUCCUGUGGUUAUUACCACUCUGCUUUUGUAACAGAGGACGGUGCGUUAUUCACCUUUGGAGAGAGAGACAGUGGGAAGCUGGGAUUGUGCACAUCAAAGGUGCCCAAUCACAGAGUGCCCCAGCAGGUGGAGGGUAUCAGUGAACCGGUGCUGCAGGUGGCAUGUGGGGGAGGCCACACACUCGCACUCACAGAAAAAUACCUCUAUUCCUUUGGCCUGGGGCAAUUUGGUCAACUGGGUCAUGGUACCUUCACCUUUGAGUCCCGUUUACCGAAGGUGGUGGAACAUUUCCGGAAGGGAAAAGUAAAGCACAUAGCAUGUGGAGAAAAUCACAGCGCCGUUCUCACAGAGAGUGGACUUCUCUAUACAUUUGGCGAUGGCCGUCACGGGAAACUGGCUUUAGGAGAGGAGUACUUUGCCAACCAAUUCAAACCAACACUGUGUCCACGAUUCCUCAAAUAUAAUGUGCAGGCUGUUACUUGUGGUGGGUGUCACAUGGUAGUAUUGGCUAAACCUCGGCUCCAAAGGUCAGAAGUUGUGAUUCUAGAGGACAAUGAUGUGACUGAAGACCAUCUGGAGAAGCUGCUCCGGGAGGCGGAGUCUCGGCACAGUCUGAACAGAAGUCUCUCAGCCCGGGACAGACGCAGAGAAAGGGAACGCUCUCCAGAGCAGUUUGGGAUGAUGUUUCGGACUCUUCCACCUCUUAGUUCAGGUCACCUUAACGUGUCUCUACCUGCAACUAGUCACACUUUACCUCCACAACUAAACCAGAGAACCUCAAAUGGCUUCCAGAGGAAUGGCCUUCUCAGCAGCUGUGGCAAGGUCACAGAAGAGCAUGAAGUAGAUGCGAAGACUCCUGUUGAAAAUUAUGAGGAUAAUGAAAGCGUGAAAGAUUUGGGAGAAACUGCAGAUUUAUUGAAUUUAACUCAUGUAAUGAAGAUGGAUCCGGGUGAGAAGACUAUUACUUUGUCUCCUGUGCAGAAGAGGAAGAAAAUUAAAGCAGAGGCAAAGCGCAGUAAGGCGGUGGAGCAGCUCAUACAAGACCCCGACCCUGAUCAAGGGUGGGCGGGGCUUAGAUCAAGCAAGGCCCUGCCUUCCAAGUUAUUAAGAAGUCGUAGUGGCAAAUCACAGUUUGAUCAACUUCCCAGCAUUCCCCACCAGAGUUUAGAUAGCACUGAGGAAGACAGUAAUAAAGGGAAUGCUGUGAAGGAUAGUAACAUAAUAAGGCAUUCAGUAAGGAGAGAGAGAGCUAAACCAGACUUAGCGCUAAAGUCUAAGUCUGAAUUGCCUAGCCAAGUAAUUGAGAUUAAGCCUAAAGCUAAAACCCAGUCAGGUCAAAAGAAUGUCUGCAAGUCUGAGGUAAAAAUACAUUCAAGUAACAUAAAAGGAGCUGAAAAAGACACUGAGAAAGACAUUUAUGAAUCAGUGGAUUUAAAGAAAGCAGGGUCCAAAACAAGGUCAGUGGAAAAAAGACAGCGACAAGCCACUGAAGAAAAGUUUUCUGCUCGAAUCACACAGGUGAAACACAUAUCUGCAGAAUCUAGCAAGGUAGUGAGAAGCAAGCCAAUAGUUGUACAAAGCAAUUUACCGGACAAUACCAUUGAGCAUGUUGCAAAAACAAGGGAAGGCAGCACUACUAAUGAUGAGUAUAAUCGAGCACAGGUAGCUACCAAGAAGACCCGGGCUACCAAACCCGAGCACAAAGCAGACCCACAAAUGACAGCUAAAGGGCUUGUGCUGGACUUUGAAGCAGCAGCCGGUUCAAACAGCCUCAGUUCCCAAUCAGAGAAUACACUGGCGAGCUCUCUCAUUGGAGUGACAUCGCUAACAGAAGACCUGCCAAUUGAAAGUCCUGUGCAUCUUCUGAAAGAGGUAGCCUCCAGUCAGUUCCUGUCCCGAGCAGCAUCCAUCAACUUCUCGCAAACUAGUGGGCAGAGUCCAGACGCACUGGAUGAACAGACUCUUUCAAAUGCUGCCUCAAUCUGUGAGGAUCCAGAGAGGAAUCUAAGCAAAAGGACAGCGGUUACCAUUAAUGUAAAGCCUAUGCCUGCAGCUUCAGACGAGGAAACUGAAAGGAACGUGUCUCAGUUUCACACUGAGGAGAAAUCUGUAGAUAAAGGAGUCACAAGUGGGAAGGAUGAGAUCCGUCAAUUAUCACAGGAGGAAGAAGAGGAGGAUAAGAGCAGAGGGAUCACAGACAGUGAGAAGAGCAAAGGAAGGGAGAAGAGCAGCUGUGUGGAAUCUGGCCAGGAAUCUAGUAAAAGUGUUGAUCAGAGAACAAAUGAUCACAAUGAAGAGCAAGAUGACACAAUGUGGAGAAAGUCAAGACAAGAUGAGGAGAGCGAAGGAGAGAAGAAAGAGGAGAAAAGUAAGACCGAGUCAAAGCAAGGAAUAGAGAGUGAGAGUGAGUUUGAGGAAGAAGGGAGCAGUCAUGUUAUGGAGGAACGAGAGAAUGAAGGAGUAAGUGAGCCUGUGGAGAAAGAAGAGGACGAAAGCAGAAUGAGCUCUGAUGAGGAAGAAAGCAGUAAAGAAAAAAAUAAACAGAAACACAGUGUGUCAGAAGAGGAGAAAGGUGAGGAUGAGAGUAAAUGUUCUAAAUCUGAAAGUGUUUAUGGUGAGGGGGGUGAGAGUGAAGAGGAAGAAGCAGCAGAAGAAGAAAGGGAUAGUUCUGAAGAGGAGAAAGGGUCUGUCAGGACAGAGGAAAACGAGUCAGAGGUUAAAGAGGAAAAUGGAAAUGAAAGUGAGACAGAGGGUGGGAGUGAGGAAGAAGAACAGGAGAGUGUGAUGGAAGAGCAACAAAGGGAGGUAGGAGAGAAAGAUAGUGAAGUAGGACAGGAAGAGAGUGAGGAAGAAGAGGAGGUGAGUGUAGCAGGGAAUGAAGAGAGCGAGGAAGAAGAGGGGAAGGAGAGUGAAGCAGGAAAGGAAAAGAUUGAGGAAGAAGGUGAUGAGAGUGAGGAAGAGAGUGACAUAGGAAAGGAAGAAGAGGAAGAGAGUGAAGUAGGAACGGAAGUGAGUGAGGAAGAAGAGGAAGAGAGUGAAGUAGGAAAUGAAGAGAGCGAGGAAGAAGAGGAAGAGAGUGAAGUAGGAAAAAUAGACAGUGGGAAUGAAGAGGAGUAUAGUGAGGAAGAAGGGGAGGAAAGUGAAGCAGAACAGGAGGAGAGUGAGGAAGAAGGGGAGGAAAGUGAAGCAGGACAGGAGGAGAGUGAGGAAGAAGGGGAGGAAAGUGAAGCAGGACAGGAGGAGAGUGAGGAAGAAGGGGAGGAAAGUGAAGAAGGACAGGAGGAGAGUGAGGAAGAAGAGGAUGAGAGUGAAGCAGGACAGGAAAAGAGUGAGGAAGAAGAGGAGGAGAGUGAAGCAGGACAGAAAGAGAGUGAGGAAGAAGGGGAGGAAAGUGAAGCAGGACAGGAGGAGAGUGAGGAAGAAGGGGAGGACAGUGAAGCAGGACAGGAAAAGAGUGAGGAAGAAGAGGAUGAGAGUGAAGCAGGACAGAAAGAGAGUGAGGAAGAAGAGGAGGAGAGUGAAGCAGGACAGGAAGAGAAUGAGGAAGAAGAGGAAGAGAGUGAAGCAGGACAGGAAGAGAAUGAGGAAGAAGAGGAGGAGAGUGAAGCAGGACAGGAAGAGAAUGAGGAAGAAGAGGAGAGUGAAGGAGGGCAGGAAGAUAGUGAGGAAGAAGAGGAGAGUGAAGCAGGGCAGGAAGAUAGUGAGGAAGAAGAGGAGAGUGAAGCAGGACAGGAAGAUAGUGAGGAAGAAGAGGAGGAGGGUGAAGCAGGGCAGAAAGAGACUGAAGAAGAAGAGGAGGAGGGUGAAGCAGGACAAGAAGGCACUGAGGAAGAGGAAAGUGAUGAUGAGAGGUUGAGUAAAGCAGGAAAGGAAGAGCGUGAGGAAGAAGAGGAGGGAAUGGAAAGAGAUACAGAAAAUGAAGAGGAGGAAAGUGGGGAAGAGGAAAAGGAGAGUGAUGAUAGAGAGGAAGAAAAUGAAGAAGAAGAAGAAGAAGAAGAAGAAGGUGAAGAUAAUAAUUCAGAAAUAGAUGCAGAAGAAACAGAGCAGGAAGAGGACAGUGAAGCUGAGAAAGAUGAAGAGGAAGAAGGUGAACAAGCAGAAGAGACUGAGGAUGAAGAAGGAGAUACAAAACAAGAGGCGGCAGAUGACCAUGAAGAAGAGGAAGAAGAAGAAGAAGAACCUAAGAAGCAAUGUAAAGGAAAUGAAAAGCCAUCGGUUACAUCAAAGCAAUCUAAAUCAAAGCAAGAGACCUCAAAGAGUAAAAAAGGUGCAGCUAGAAGACACCAGUCUACCUCUCAGGAGUCUCAGGAGCCUCGACAGUUCUGGGAUGAUGUUCUUCCUCAAUACCUCAACUUAAAAUAAAUCUUCCAGCUCACUCAUACCUGCUUCCACUCUCUCAGUAUGAUGAACAGACAUUAUUUGUUUACAUAUGUUUCAAUUUUCUCAGCCAUCUCAUACGAAAGCUUUGAGUAUCGUUUCAAUGCUUUUAUGAAAAAAAAAACACUUUCUCAUUGUGGGAGUGUCUAUAAUGCCUUAUAGAUGUUUCUGUACAUCAUCUUCAGCUGCUAUUUACUACAGUGUGUUUCUUCAGCUGCUUGUUCUUCCGCUUAUUAGUAUUGAAGCUUUAUGAAUUUCUUGAAUGCUUGCUAUUUUUUUUUAAUUAAACCUCAUUUAUUUUUUCCGGACAUGUUUUCGAAUGUCCAUCUUUAUUAGUCUGUGAUAAUUUUUUCACGUACUUGCAUGCAAAAAGAUUUGCUUAAUUUUGUUUAGAAUCUUCUGAUCACCCAUUGGGCUGAUGUGUAUUGUGUUAACACUAUAUGAUAUUUAACCACUGGACUAUAAAUGAUAAUAACUGCUUUGAGGAUGUGGACAGUGUGUACAGUAUGUUUUAAAAAUCCAAGGAAUUAUGAAGAAAGAGUGGCUUGCGAUUUGAGGUGAGAAUAUUAGCAAAUGAGCUUGUAGAUGUAGAUCCCCAGUCUCUCAGACACCUUGUGGUUUUUUUUUUCCUGUGAUGUGUGUGAGAGAGAGAAAAGUUGAGCUCUCUCUCAUGUAUAUCAUGUGUAAUGUAACUCCCUACUACAUGCCUAAAUGACCCUCACCUUCUUGUUUUGACCCCUACCACUACUUUUCACUCUGUUCAUAUUCAGUUAUUAGAGCUCUUUAUACUAUAGCGCUCUCAUCACCUCCUGUUUUGGUCGU